AUGGAUGCGCGGCGGCAAGAUGCUCUCAAGCAGUACCGCGAGAAAAUGCGCCAACAUGAAGCGAGCAGUCAGAGCUUGAAGAACCUGAGAUUCUCUCUGAAGGAUCUUGAGAAAGCAUAUGAGAAGACAGAGGAUGAUAUCAAGGCCGUGCAGUCGGUUGGACAGAUCAUCGGGGAGGUCAUGAAGCAGCUAGACGACGAACGAUUUAUCGUGAAGGCGUCGUCAGGUCCCCGCUACGUUGUGUCCUACAGACCAACACUGCCGGCAGCGAAGCUGCAGAACGGCACCCGUGUUAGCUUGGACAUGACCACCCUUACCAUCAUGCGUAUCCUACCUCGUGAAGUCGACCCAUUAGUAUACAAGAUGAGUCUCGAGGAUCCGGGAGGUGCCUCGUUCGCCGGCAUUGGCGGUCUCGGCGAUCAGAUUCGGGAGUUGCGAGAGGUUAUCGAGUUACCGCUACAGAACCCCGAGCUUUUCCAACGGGUGGGCAUCAAGCCACCAAAGGGUGUCCUACUCUAUGGCCCACCCGGUACUGGCAAGACACUGCUUGCCCGUGCUGUCGCCGCCACCAUGCAGACGAACUUCCUGAAGGUCGUCUCUUCCGCAAUCGUCGACAAGUAUAUUGGCGAGUCAGCGAGGGUGGUGCGCGAGAUGUUCGGGUAUGCAAAAGAGCACGAGCCCUGUGUUAUCUUCAUGGAUGAGAUUGACGCGAUUGGUGGGCGACGGUUUUCGGAAGGGACAAGUGCUGAUCGGGAGAUUCAGCGAACGCUCAUGGAGCUACUCAACCAAAUGGAUGGCUUCGACACUCUUGGCCGAACGAAGUUAAUUAUGGCCACCAACCGACCAGAUACACUUGACCCCGCACUCCUCCGACCCGGACGAUUGGACCGCAAGAUUGAGGUACCAUUACCGAACGAGCAGUCGCGGCUAGAGAUUCUCAAGAUCCACGCUGCGCCCGUGAACAAAAGCGGCGAGAUCGAUUAUGAGGCGGUCGUUAAGCUGUCGGACGGGUUCAACGGCGCCGAUCUACGGAAUGUGGUUACGGAAGCCGGCAUGUUUGCAAUCCGGGAUGACCGUGAGUUCAUGACGCAGGAAGACUUCAUGAAGGCUGUGCGGAAGGUGGGCGAAGCCAAGAAGCAUGAGAGUAAACUGGAGUACUCGGCAUGA